AUGUCUAAUUCAAGCUCUGAUCAUCCCACCGUCCAAGUCGAGUUUGGAGGUCAGAAGGUCGAUGUACCUAAAGGCGGCUAUUACGAUCGUUAUCGCAUGAACCCGAACUUGGAUGAGGUAGCCGGCGAUCCGGCAGUUGGACCAGACAUCGAUUUUUUUCGGCAAAUUCCAAAGAAACUGGUCGACUCGAGGGUCGGCCAGGUAUACACUCCGAAUUUCUAUUACCGCACAAGCAGUGUCCAGCUUCUCUUUCUCGCGCCCCUUGACAACUUGAAGUCGAAGCUCCCAGCUCCUUUAGAGCCCAUCACAGCAUUCCCUGGAUAUGGAUUGGUGGCAAUGACGUUUUAUUCCUACCUCGUCUGCGACAACGAUCCUUAUAAAGAGGUCUCUAUUGCUAUUAUCGUCCGCCAGCCAGGUAAAAACAGUUACAGUACAACCCAAUUGCUAAGCUCUCUAUGGAAUCAAACCUUCUAUGGAUACGUUUUGGCUCUACCUGUUGAUACCGAAAUUGCUCGAGUACGUGGUGUAUACGGAUACCAACUCCCUAAAUGGCUCGCCAAUAUUAGCUUGGAUAUGGACGAAGAAAAUAUCAAAGCUAGUAUCACUGCAACUGAUGGGAAGCUUGAUUUGGCGCUGGAUGUGCCCUGUCCGGAGCUAAAAGCAAUUCCGUCGCAAUCCCGGAUAGUCAAUAACAACGCGAUCAACAAGAUCGACGAGAAAUGGUACCAAGUGACAGUCCAGACGAACCCACUUUUGGGGGCGCAGCGUCUCUUCCCUCGUGAUGUCAUCAUGUAUCGAGGCAAAGGACCACUGAGCGAACUUCUUAAUGAAUUGGGCGCCUGGACCAUCUUGCGGAUGGAUUUACUCAAGGAUGCCCAGAUGGUCUUGAAUAUGCCAGUCCCCAUUAAAGCAUUUGAUAGUGUUAAGAUUUAG